GCCGGCAACUCAGUUGAUCACCGCGCCGCGCGCCAGAUACACGUGCGUCUCUCAUGACAAAACGCGGCGUUUGAAACGAUCGAACGCACCCCAAUUUUUAUCUUACCAGUGACAGAGAGGGCAACCUCUCAGUAAAUCUAUAAAAAUUGCUUCUCAAGUGGAAAUGCCGUCAAGCCUGUUCGGGGACCUGGGAGGCGGCGGAGGCCUGGUGGAAGACCAGCGCGCGUUCCAACUGGCGCUGGAGCUGAGCAUGCUGAGCCUGGGCGAGUCGCUGCCGUCGAACACGGCGCUGGCCAGCCCUCUGGGCUUCGCGCCGCCGCCCGAGGACCGCGCCAAGAAGUCGCAGAACAUGACGGAGUGCGUGCCGGUGCCCUCCUCGGAGCACGUCGCAGAGAUCGUCGGCCGCCAAGGAUGCAAGAUCAAAGCCUUGCGCGCGAAGACCAACACAUACAUCAAGACCCCGGUCCGCGGCGAGGAGCCGGUGUUCGUGGUCACCGGCCGCAAGGAGGACGUCGCGCGCGCCAAGCGCGAGAUCCUCUCCGCGGCCGAGCACUUCUCGCAGAUCCGCGCGUCGCGUAAGUGUGGCGCCGCGCCGCCGCCGCCCGCCGGCGCGCCCGGACACGUCACCGCGCAGGUGCGCGUGCCCUACCGCGUCGUCGGGCUCGUCGUCGGCCCCAAGGGCGCCACCAUCAAGCGCAUCCAGCACACCACACACACGUACAUCGUGACGCCCUCGCGCGAGCGUGAGCCCGUGUUCGAGGUGACGGGGCUGCCCGAGAGCGUGGAGGCCGCGCGCAAGGAGAUCGAGGCGCACAUCGCGCUGCGCACAGGAGCAGCGGGCGCGGCCGGCGCCGGAGUGCCCGCGCAGGGCGACAGCGAGCCGCUGGCCACGCUGUACCGCGCGGGGCUGGCGUCGCUGCUGCGGCCUGAGCAGGAGGCUGCGUUCUCUUCAGCUGGCUCAUGCUCGUCGGGCGGCUCAUCGGCGCGGCUGGGCGAUCUGCUGGGCAUCUGGUCGUCGACGGAGCGCGACGAGGGCCUGGGCGAGUCGCCGUCGUUCGAGUCUCCCGGCGGCGGCACGGCCGGGGUGUGGGCGUGGGGGCCCACUAGGCCGUCGCCCGCGGCGUCGCCGGCGCGCGCGUGCGCGGUGUGCGGCGAGCGCGGCGUGGCGGCGGCGCUGGUGCCGUGCGGACACAACCUGUUCUGCCUGGAGUGCGCACAGCGGCUGGCGGCGGGCGGCGCGCCGUGCCCCGCCUGCUCUGCGCCGGCGCACCAGGCCAUCCGCAUCAUCUCGUAAGGCGCCACAUGCCGCCCGCGGCCGCCGCAACCACGAGUCGCACGUUCUCGUAGUAGGGAUCUUUUUUACUCGAAUCGUUAUAAAAAAUAUUAAAAGAAGUAAAAAUCGCGUAAUCGAAAUCCUGGUGCCAAAAGUCGGCGCCUCGCCGGCACGGCCCGUCCGCCGCGCCGUACCUAUCUUAAGUCGGCAGAGUUGUUCACGAUAUAUUUUCUUAUUAUGAACGUUUUUUAUUAGGUCGUCGAGCGCGCGCCGCGCUCUUCGCCGCAGAGAGAGUCGAAAGUACGUUAUGAUAGAAAUUUCGAAAAAAAACAUAAAAUUUAAAAAAAGUUGUAUAAUUAUUAUUGAUAGCGUAAUGAGAAAUCGAAAAAUUUAUAAAGCUUAACUAACGUAAUAGCGUAAAGUAUUAAGAUAUUAUAAUAAUAAUAUAAAGUGGUCGGGACGGGCGGCGCGGGGAGCGGGUCCGCGGCCUGUGGGAGUGUAGUGUAAUGUAGUGAAUGCGCGCGCGCUAGGUAAUGUGUCACGCAGGCCGGCGCGGCCCCGACUGACGCCGCGCCCGCCCCGGGUCUGCGGCCUCCGCCCCGCUCCCCCGCAAGCCAUGCUCACAUUAUUUUUGACUAUACGAAUAUUCGCUUAAAUGAUAUUAUACAUACGUACACACUAUGAUUAUGAUAAUAUUAAUAUAAUGUUUGUUUUAAGUGUGUUUUAAUGUUUAGAUUUUUAUUGUAAUGUUUUUAUGAAUGAUUUUUAUCUGUAUGAUUAUUAUUAUUGAUUAUUAUUUUAUGUGUUGACGAUGUUUUUUUGUGAUUACGUGCGCCCGCGCUGCGGGCCGAGGCUGCUGUAUGUUCGUUUAGUGGUUAUGAUAUCGAAUAAUAAAUUUAAAGUAAUAAAUGAUAAAGAAAUAA